AUGCAGCGCUCGCCUGACCGAGCUGAGAUUCAGGAAGGAGUCUGGGUGAUCAUCCCCGCGAUGAAUGACCAGACUACGGUUUCAGUGGUGCUGAACGAACUGCCCGAAGUUACGCGAGUGAUUGUGGUCGACAACGGUUCGACCGACCGUACCGCUCAAGUGGCCGAGUUGGCGGGCGCCAAAGUCGUGAGCGAACCUCGACGAGGCUACGGCUGGGCUUGCCUGCGAGGAAUGCAGGCGAUCGUCGAUUCCGUCGAACAAGGUGACACGGCGCCUGAAACCGUUGUCUUCUUAAGCGGCGACAACAGCGAUCCGGCCGGUCAUCUCUCGAGUCUUACGGCCCCAAUAGCUGCGGGAGAAGCCGACUUUGUGCUCGGCUCGCGUCGGUCGGGGACGGGAAAGAACGCUUCGAUGCCAUGGCAACGUGCCCUGAGGAAUCGCGUGGCCUGUCUGCUGAUGCGGUGGAUGUUCGGGGCCAGCUACACCGACAUUGGGCGCUUUCGCGCCAUUCGAUACGAAACGCUACGGCAGUUGGGAAUGGUCGAUCGCAACUUUGGUUGGUCGGUCGAAAUGCAGAUCAAGGCAGCCAGGGCAGGGCUGACAACUUUGGAAGUCCCGGUGCCAUAUCGACGAAGCAACGCGAGCGCUAAAAUCGCCGGAAAAGUCCAGGGUGCCUAUCGGGCAGGAUGGAAUGUGCUGUACACCAUUGCCAAAUAUGGUUGGCUGACUCGCAAGCCGCAGCCGGUCACGGUACGAAUCGCAACACGCCAAGAAUGGCCGGGCGGACCGAGUCUCUUCGCCGUGGCUUCGACUGUCCCAACGGACCCAGAAGUGAUGGCCAAAUCGAGAACACCAGAACCGAUUGACGACGCGGAAGACACACGGCGUCUCGUGUAUGUCGGCCUGAUCGCGGUGGGGUGCUGGUUGGCGCUGUGCGUGGUUUCACGACUGAGCGGGAGCAUCGACUCCCAGGCUGAUCCUCAGCGGCCAUUCAUGACUGUGAUGGGCAUGUUUGCCUUGGUCUUCUUUGGCCACAUCGGCGCCCUGUUGAUCGGGCUGCGCAUCCGAUCGCGACGACGCCUGACCGAAAUGAUCGUCGCUGCGGCGGUGGUGUUUCGCAUCACGCUUUUACCCACGGUUCCGAUUCAGGAACUUGAUAUCUAUCGCUACCUAUGGGAUGGGGCCGUCUCGACGUCGGGCGUGAACCCUUAUCGCUACAGCCCCGACCAGAUCAAGAAUGCGAACGGCGGCCAAAACUUGCCAGAAAGCCUGGAGGAGUUGGUCGAACUAAGCCGUAGCGAUCCGGCAAUGGGGCAGGCUCUCGCCCAGGUACAGCCUGGUGACUUGACGACCAUCUAUCCGCCGGUGAGUCAGGCGGUGUUUGCCAUGGCGAGCCUGGUCACACCACCGACGGCGUCGCUGUACGAACGGGUCGUCAUCCUUAAGGCCUGGCUGGUCGGCUUCGACUUGGCCACGCUGUGGGUUUUGAUCUCGCUGUUGAGAAUCGUCCAUCGGCAUGUGGCCUGGAGCAUCGCUUAUGCCUGGUCGCCUUUGGUGCUGAAGGAAAUCGCCAAUGCGGGGCACCUCGAUGCGGUCGCGGUGUUCCUUACCAUGUUGGCGAUCUUUCUUGCCACGCGACUGCUGUGGCCCAACCCUGAAGAGAAGACGGAAGAACCUUCCACCCGCGACUUUGCCUGGGUGGGGGCUGCACUCGGCUUCGCGGUGAGUGCAAAACUUUAUCCCAUCAUCCUGCUUCCUUGGCUGGUUGGUUCUACCGCCAAACGACAAGGCUGGGCGCCCGCCGGCGUCGUUUCAGGAACCUCCUUGCUCAUCGUACUGGCCACCUGCUGGCCGCUGGUGUUUGGUUACGGGGGCGAUACGGCCCAAGCCCCGGCUACCCAGCAGCAGACCGGGGGCAUCUCGGUUUCGGAGUUCUCACCAGCCCCGAUCGUCACCAGGGAGAGUUCCGCGCAUGGGCUGACGAGCUUCUUGAAGUACUGGGAAAUGAACGACUUUCUCUUCAUGAUUGUCGUUGAGAACCUAAAACCUACGGUCGAUGCGCAGCCGGGGUCAACGCCCUGGUUUUCGUUGGUGCCUGAGAGUUGGCGGAGCCGGGUGCUUGCGCCGUUGAGCGGAGCAGAGGAUGGCUCGACCACCGGAAGUUCACCCCGAGAAGACCAUGAGGCGGCCUUUGUACUCAGCCGCGUCAUCACCGGCGCGAUCUUCUUGAUAUUGAUGGGCGUCUUCGCCUGGUAUGCCUCGCGUGCAGAACAUACCGUGGUGUGGCUUUCGUACGCGUUCCUCACCAUCGCCUGGUUCUGGCUGCUGUCGCCGGCGCAGAACCCCUGGUAUUGGGUCUGGGCGCUACCGCUGGUGGGCUUUGCCAGAAGUCGCGUGUGGCUGGCGAUGGGGGGGCUAGUGUGUUGGGGACCAGCUACUAUGGAAAGGCAUUCUUCGACUUCAUGA